GACAAAAUAACUACACGUACUUUUUCAACAUCGUGUGUUUAAUAUUAACAUGUUAGAAGGAAAGAUCAUGACUAACUUAUCUUUAUAUUUCCGUUUCUUUACUUGUUUAUUCCUCGUUUGUUAAGCACGUGCAUCAUCAAACAGGAAGUUUAGUAAUAUUACGUAGUUCUGAUAAACGUUACCUUGUUUUAAACAACGUUUGUUACAAUUAUCAACAACAAGUUUGAAUGAAACAACAGUCUGAUCUUCAGAAGAUCCCAUUUCUGUCCAACAAUGUUUCUCGUCUGGUUUAUCGUUCUUCCGUUUGUUUGUUUAUCUAGUGUCAAGGUGAAAGUUUCUGAAAACCAGUGCCCUCAGCUGAAGAACUGUACUUGUCAAUACCAAGGUCAGUUUUUAAAUGUUAACUGUUUUAACAUAUCUGACACGUCACAGUUGACUAGUGUGCUACACGAAGACCUGAAAAACCAAACUUUAAACCAUGUUUAUAUCAGUAACUCUAAUAUAUCCCACAUUCCCACAUCUCUUUUCGCCAACCUGACAAUACAGAAGAUUAUCUUGCGACAUGUGGAUGUGAAGACCAUUGAUCCAGACGCUUUUGAAACCGUUCAAUAUCUUGUUGAACUCAGAUUAAACUAUGGUAAAACAAAAUCCAUACCAAGAGCUAUUUCUAACGUAGGAAUGAGACUUUUAUGUCUGUGGAUGGAACAUGGAGAAAUCAAGGAGAUCAAAUUUGAGUUUCAAAACUUUAUAAUCUUAGAGGAAUUAUAUUUACAAGCAAACAAAAUCGCAUCUAUUCAUAAAAAUGCGUUUGAUUCCCUUACGAAACUACGUAGACUCGAUCUUUCCAUAAACCUGAUCAAUGUUCUGGAACCAGAAAUGCAUCAACUAAAAGAGUUGUUUCUGGGAAACAGUUCUUUGAUGUAUGCUGACGGAUUGUUGGAUAACAUGGUCAACAUUGAAAAGGUGAACCUAACGAACAACGGCAAAAAUUUGGACAAGCUUACUUCGACGAGUUUAGUAAAUCUUAAAGAUCUUAAUCUAUCGAAGAACCCUUUACAAUCGUUGAGAAAAGAUACAUUUGGCAAUAAUUAUGUGUCACUGAGGAUUUUGAAACUGAGUAACACUGAAUUAAAGUCGGUUCAUAAAGAAACAUUCCGGAAAAUGUCGUUUCUCCGCAGAUUAUAUCUAACUAAUAAUUACAUAGUUGAACUUGAAAACACAACAUUCGACAACUUACCUCUGGCUUUGAUUAACCUCAACAAUAAUCAAUUGAUGACAAUCACAGGGCUCUUCGUUAACUUGCCAUUGAAACAUCUGAAU